AUGAACAAUAACCGAAAAUCUCCGAUUAAACAACAACAGCGUAUGAAAAAUUCUUAUGCCAUACCUGUUUCUAAUUCCAAUCGUAUGCGAUCAAAUAGUAGUAUGGGAUCAUCAUAUACAAAAAAUUCCAGUACAUAUUAUCGUCAUUAUUCUAAUACAACCUCACCGACGGCUAUGUCAGCCUGUUCAUUACCGGCUGUGCCAUUAUUUUAUGCGACUACAUAUGCAGAUCCACCAGAAUGUUCAUCAUUACCAAAACCACCCGAAUCGUGGUAUAUAACCUCAAAUGAUGAAAAUUCUCCAGUUGAAACUGAAGUUGAAGAUGAAAAACCAACAACUGUGAAACAAAAAUCUUUUCGUAAAACAAAUUAUCGAAAUAAUAAUAAUAAUAAUAGAGGUUUUUAUAAUCCAUUUUCUUCUUCAAGAACCUAUGAAAAAUUUCCAACGCCAUAUAUAUCUGUUAGAGCUUAG